AUGAACAAGCUAUCUGAAUAUGAGCUGGAGCGCGAAGCCAAUAUUGCUCGAAAUCGUGUUUUGCUGGAGCAGUUGGAUCUCAAAGGGGUUGGAACGCAGAUGGGUUUCCCCGCAAAUAAGGUAUCGCCACCCAAGGCGAAAGCCAAACCGAUACAACCUAGAAUAAAGAGGGAAAAACCCAAGAUCGAGGCCCCUCCCCGGGAGACUAGACAGUCUGCGAGACUCAAGAAAGAGGUGGUCGACCCCAAUGAGAGCCCGUCGAAGAAAAGGAAGCGAGAGGAGGAGAGGCGGAGGAAGGAGGAGGACGAACGGUUGGAGGCUGAGGAGAAAGCUCGCAUCGCAAAACGCCCACGCCAUGACGAUUUAGAUAUUGCGACCCUUGCCGAUGAUGCGAGUAGUGAAGAACUUGCUAGCCUAAGGUCCGCUUUCCAGGUGGUCACUGGGGUGCCGCAACCCAAGCGCGUAGCAGCCGCAGACGCUUUCGUAUUCGAGGAGGAUAAGAAGGAGAAUGUGGCUGUUACGGCACUGAGAGAGUCGAUGCGGAAACUGAAGGUUGUAGCACGAGCCAAGGUGACCGAGGAUAGGAUUUACAGUGCGGCGUAUCAUCCGGAGAUCACUAAAGAUCUUAUUUUCUUUGGAGACAAACAUGGGCAGUUAGGCAUAUGGGACGCACGUGCUCCGGCCGCUGAAGUCGCUGAUGAGGACGGAGAAGUGGCUUCAGCGGAGGAUCAGGAAGGCGGAAAGUAUUGGCGUUUGCAGCAACAUUGGCCAGCGACUUCUAAAUCAUCUAUAUCCUCCAUCAAGUUUGACCCUUUGGACUCUCAUAGCGUCUUCACAACGUCUUAUGACUGUACGAUUCGCAGCCUGUCUUUUACAUCGGGGAUUUCGCAGGAGAUAUAUUCGUCAGAGGAUAAUGCAUUAAUCACUAGCAUUGAUAUGCCUCCUCGUGGCAAUGAAAUGUGGAUAUCUGACGCUGAGGGAGGGAUCACUCACCUCGACAUGCGGGAGGAUAGAGACAAAGCUAGGCGAUAUGAGCUUGCUGACCACAAAAUCGGGUCCGUCAGCGUAAAUCCGACGAGUCCACACUUCCUACUGACAGCUUCAAACAAUCGGACACUAAAGAUAUGGGAUUGUAGGAAGUUACAAACGUUGGCUAUUGGAUCGGGCCGAGCUAAAGGCCCAUUCAAUCACGACUCGGAAACUGUACAAGAGUUCGUGGAGUCGAAGAAGGGGAAAGGCUGUUUGCGUGGGGAAUUUAGCCACGGCAAAUCAGUUAGCUCGGCGUAUUGGGAUCCAAGGGGGAGGAGUGUCGUUAGCACGAGUUAUGACGACACACUACGACUUUGGGAACUUGACGCUACAAAAUAUGAAUCGCGGAAUGAGUUCCCUUCCUUCACACCUUUCAGCCGCAUGAAGCAUAAUUGUCAAACGGGGAAAUGGCUAACAAUUCUGCGAGCUGUCUGGACGCCUAAUCCAGAUGUAUACCCACAUUUUACGAUCGGUAACAUGGACCAUUCGCUGGAUAUCUACUCAUGCAAGGGAGACCUGAUUGCACGACUCUCAGAUCGUUCACGGAUUACCGCUGUCCAAGCUGUCACAUGCUCACAUCCUAGCAUUAUAGAAAGGGCUGCAAGUGGUAAUGCAAGUGGUCGCUGUGUGCUCUGGGCUCCGUCUUCAUGACACACUCCUGCUGUGAUACUUGGGAUAUUUAACACUAUUUUCAUUAUUUCGGUCGUUUGGCUUACAGGAAUUAGUCAGUUGCACACAAGACGUAUACGAUAGUAACCUUUCAAUCUGUCCUGAAUAUUUAUCUCAUAUAUAUGGCUGUCUGAUUCACACUAUUAGGAUAGAACAAUCAUGCAUGUCGAUACUACUAAACGAGCAAAGAGUGAUAAUACUAGUAUGACCAAUUUUCCCAUG